AUGAUAAGUUUGAGAUCAGAAAAAGCUGAAUGCAACAAAAAAAGCAAACCUAAACCGAAACGAUGGACUGGAAAUAUUGACUGUUUUAGCGAAUGUGAAAGUUCUCCUUCGCUUCGGAUGACAGAAUUCAGCAAGGAGGAUAUCGAACGUUUGCAUAAGCUACGCAAACGCCAUUGGGUUGGUGAGUUCCACCUACUGCGAGAGAAACCCCGAAACAGAACAAUGUUUAUAGUUCCUGGAACUUUGGUUUCUGUGGCUGUCCAUUUUCGACACAUCAGAGAAAUAAAUGAUUUUUCUGUUCAUUUUACACGAAAUGGUCAAGAUAUUCAGUCAUUUGAUACCAAAUGUUCCUACUCUGCUCGUGCCUAUGCAUAUAGUUUUCCAGAUAUUACGGUAGCUUACAAUGACGUAACCUACAUGAACGAAACAUCAAAAGACCCCUGGAAGGCAAGUAUUGGAAUCAUUUGGACUUGUAUAUCUCCAUCUAUGUACGGUGUGUACCAAACUACAAUACUGAGAAAGGUUUAUAACAAGCACGAUAACAUUCCAUGGAUUGAAAAAAUAGACUAUCCUACCAAGGUGUACAUCAAACCUAAAGAAUACUCAAUCGUCACUGAAAAUAUAUCCAACAAUAAAAAUCGGGCAGUGGUUGUUUAUAACGAGAGCUGCUGGUCCAAUGAGGAACUGAAACCUGAAAAUUGCAAAUACAUCUAUUCUGCGGUGGUAUCAAUCUUUGAUAAGAACAUCCUAUAUGACAGUGUGAUCAACAGGAACAUUGUUAUCAUUUUAAGUGUCGCUAUCCUUAUAAGCGCCCUAUCUCAAUUUUAUUGUGUCAUGAAAAUUUCUGGUAAGAAGGGACUAGCUGGAAUCCAGAUUAACCCAGACCUUCAAUAUCAUCUAUAUAUUUCAAGUUCAAGUGCCUCCUCUGAUAAAUUAUUUAUUGAGCAAAAUAUACUUCCAAUAAUCAAACCUUUAGAUUUAAACGUUUUUUGUGGACAAGAAGAUGUUCUUCCAGGAAGGGUGGAAAUUACCGAAAUUUCAAAUUCUAUUAACAAAAGCCUGAAGUGUUUGGUGAUAGCCACUAACAAAUAUAUAAAAACUGCUCUUAAAAAUGAUUUUGAAAUUAACUGUAUUUUAAAGACAUGUUUAAAAUGUGAUUUGGUAAUCGUUAACGUAGAUAAUUGCCCAAUUCACAAAAUAUUCCGCAAAAUUUACACAGUAAUCAACUGUUCAAGGGAGGGUCUGAGUGAACAAGAUAAAACUGUACUGAUGCAGUGGGUGGUAGAAAAUGGUAGUGGUAAUGGUAGUUUAAUUUUAUUAAACAUUAUAUCUCUUUUAAAACUAACGCUUAUAAUUUUAACUUCCAUUCUAUUUUUAUCAAUGUUAUAA